ACCUCAACGACAUCCGUUCUUGGAGCUGGUUCCUCUACCUCGUCUCGAGUUGGGGAUUUGUCUCACGAUGCUAUUCUUCAGCUUCUUCAAAACGCUCGUCAACCACGAAAUCACCGUCGAGCUCAAGAACGAAAUCUGCAUCCGCGGCACGCUCAAGAGCGUCGACCAGUUCCUGAACAUCAAGCUGGAUAAUGCCGAGACGACGGAUGGGGCGCGGUGGCCGCAUUUGUGCUCCACGCGCGACAUGUUCAUCCGCGGCUCCGUAGUGCGCUACGUACACCUCCCCGCCGGAAUGGUCGAUAUCGAUUUAUUGGAGGAUGCGACGAGGAAGGAGGCUGCGGCUGCGAAGGAGAAGGCAAAGUGAGCUGGUGAGGAGGAAAUAACAUGACAAAAUUGGAUUGCAAAGAGGGCUAUAUGCCCGUAUAUGCGCACGCCCGUACGAUAUUGAAAACUUCGCGAUUGAGGAGGAGGAAUGAAGGCUGGCUCGCGUGGCGGGGAAUGUCCGAGGCUUGCAUACAAGAGGAAGGGGAGAUGGGGAGAUGGGAUUAUAUAUACCCCAUGCUAUAUCAUUAUAUUCUGGUUUCCUAUCACCAUGGUCUUCUGGUCUCGUGUUUGCGCUGGGUGGGGAUGCGUGAUUUGGUUCGGAUGCUAAGUUUCGCGC